CUAUUGUUUAACGACGAGGAGAAUUUAUUUCCUCUUUUAAGAACAGCUAUUUUUGGUGAUGAUUCGCUACCUUGUGGUAACGAGAUGGCAGUUGUCGGUGUGGAUAACGGUAUCGUGAUAUUUGAAUUAAUUAUUUUACUAUUGACCAUUGAAUUUGCACGGCUUGUGCUUGUUGAUAUUAUGUCACCACUACUCAUUCUUCGAUCUUUCACCAAGGAAUUAGACUCUGCAUUUCUUGGCUUACGAUUUCAACAUCAAGAGAUUUGA